AUGAUGGAAAAAUCUCCUUCUAUAUUCUAAGAAGAUGUUUAGCAAGCUCGUAAAAGUUCAGACACAACUAUAAACUCUAUCAAUUAGGAAUUUAGUUAAAAGCAAUAGAAUAUUUAAAAUUUAGAAGUUCAAAAUGAUAAAAACCAAUAAGUUUAAAAGUUUUCAUCUAAAUCAGAAGCUACUAUCAACUUGUUCAAAGGAUAUAUAGGAUCUGGAAUAUUAGCACUUCCUUAUGCGUUUUAGUAGUCUGGUUAUUUGCUUGCUACGAUUAUAUUCUUAAUGAUAGCAUUAAUUGUUUAUAGAACUAUGGAUCUGCUCUUUUAAGUAGCUGAAAAAUAUGGAAAAAAGGGAAUGACUUAUGAGCAACUAGCUUAACUAUUUUUUGGAAGAAAAGGUAUGCUUUGCGUAAAGUUCUUCAUUAUUAUUUUUUAAUUCGGAUGCUGUAUAAGCUAUAUCAUAUUCUUUCUGAAAUUCUUUGAGCAUGUUUUUGAAGAUGAAAACCAAACUAACAAACUUCAUGAGUUUCUAUAUCUUUGUAUAGCUUUAGCCAUAAUCUUACCCAUGAAUCUAAUAAAUAAUAUAAGCUUGUUUGCAAAAAUAUCUUUCGUAGCAAAUUUCUUUAUAAUAUGCACUCUCAUGGCAAUAAUUGGAUAUAAUAUUCAUCUUUUAAUUGAUUCAAACACCCACUCAUAAAACGUCAGAAACGAAACUAAUCUAUUUGAUUUUUCUAAUUUACCUCUCAUGAUUGGUGUCAGCAUAUACUCAUUUGAAAGCAUAGGAGUUAUUUUCUCCAUUAAAAAUACUGUUGAGGAUGAUUCCGUUUUCAAAUCUAUUUUUAAAUUUACAUCAAUAUUAAUUACUAUCCUUUAUGUAGGAUUUUCAAUUCUUGGAGCUAUGGCUUAAGGUGAGUCUUUAAGUGAAAUCAUUUUGUUUUCUCUGCCAAAAAGAGGGGAUGUGGCUUAUUUUUAGAUAACUUAUGCUAUUGCAUUAGUCAUGAGUUAUCCUUUAUAACUAUUACCAAGUCUUCAAAUAAUAGAGAGCUCAAGAUUUAUAAAAUCGAUUAUAAAACCACAGGAAUAAAAUUAUAAAAUUAAAAGAUUUUGUUUUAGAACUUUUGUGACUAUCAUUAUCUCUAGUUUUGCAUUCCUUAUUCCUAGAUUUGCAAUAUUUUUAAAUUUGAUAGGAGCCUUUGCAGGAACAGCUUUACAAUUUGUUUUUCCAGUAAUUAUGUAUAAUUAUACAUUUUAACAUGAUAUUUCAUAAAAGUAAAAAAUUUUAAAUUACUUUUAUCUGGGAAUUGGAAUUAUUGGUGGUCUAGCAUCAACAAUAUUUUCUAUUGUUGAUUUGUGCAAAAGUGAUGAUUGA